AUGGCAGAACAAAUCUCCACCCCGCGCAUCACCUCCCAAUACCUCGAUGCCUUCACCGGCAAGACCGUGAUCAUCACUGGGAAAGUGACCCAGACGCGCGGCGACACCGCACUUAUAGACUCUGAAGGCGUCGUUACCGUGCUACUGAAUCGGGAUUCUCAUCUCAAGCCCGGAAACGCAGUCGAGAUCGUUGGGAAGGUGAACCAGGAUCUGACGGUCAAGGUGUUGAUGGCGACGGAUAUGGGUACUAAUCUCGAUUAUGCGGCGGUGAAUGCGGUUGUGGAUGCGACGCAUCGGUACAAGGAGAUCUUUUACACGGAGUGA